CGGCCGGAUGCGAGGCAUGCCGGGAACCGCACUUCCUCCUCGGGGGCCUCCAGAAAACCACAGGCCGCGGGGCCGGGCCGCCCGGAGCCAGCAGGAUGGCGGAGGGCAAGGCGGGAGGCGCCGCCGGCCUGUUCGCCAAGCAGGUGCAGAAGAAGUUCAGCAGAGCCCAGGAGAAGGUACUGCAGAAGUUGGGGAAAACUGUGGAAACCAAAGAUGAACGGUUUGAACAAAGUGCCAGCAACUUUUACCAUCAACAGGCAGAAGGCCAGAAGCUCUACAAGGACCUGAAGAACUUCCUUAGUGCCGUCAAAGUGAUGCAUGAAAGCUCAAAGAGAGUGUCGGAAACCCUGCAGGAGAUCUACAGCAGCGAGUGGGACGGUCACGAGGAGCUGAAGGCCAUUGCGGGGAAUAAUGAUCUCCUUUGGGAAGACUAUGAAGAGAAACUAGCUGACCAGGCGUUGAGGACCAUGGAAAACUACGUAGCCCAGUUCAGCGAAAUUAAGGAAAGAAUUGCCAAGCGGGGUCGGAAACUCGUGGACUAUGACAGUGCCCGGCACCACCUGGAGGCGGUGCAGAAUGCCAAGAAGAAAGAUGAGGCCAAGACUACCAAGGCAGAGGAAGAGUUCAACAAAGCCCAGAGUGUGUUUGAAGACCUGAACCAGGAACUGCUAGAGGAGCUGCCUGUUCUUUAUCAUAGUCGUAUUGGCUGUUACGUGACCAUCUUCCAAAACAUUUCCAACCUGAGGGAUGUCUUCUACAGGGAGAUGAGCAAGCUGAACCACAGUCUCUACGAGGUGAUGAGCAAACUGGAGAAGCAGCAUUCCGACAAAGUCUUUGUGGUGAAGGGAGUAUCAAGCAGCAGACGCUCUUUGGUCAUCUCUUCCCCAGUUUGCACGUCUGCGGUCUCUAGCCCCCUGACCUCACCUACCAGUCCCUCUGCGCUUUCUUUGAAGAAUGACAGGGACUCCACCUCAGCAAGUGAAGAAGAGCUGGCAUCUGAUCUGGCCCAGGGAGAAGAGGAUUCCAAGAUUAAAGAGCCCUUAAAAGACAAGGAAAGAGAGGAGGAAGAGUCUGAAGCAAGCUCCUCUGAGGAAGAAGAGCCUCUCCCAGCUUGCAAUGGCCCCGCCCAGGCCCAGCCCUCUCCCGCCAUUGAGGGCAGCAGGUCCCAGGAGAAAGUUCUCCCUUGCUCGCCAUCUCCAUCGCCAGGCAGUGCUCUUAUCCCUUCAGAGCAGCCCUCUUCUCUCCCAGAAGUAGUCCUCCGAACCCGCACCUCAAGUGAAGGAUCUGAACAACCAAAGAAGAGAGCCUCUAUCCAGAGGACCUCAGCACCUCCGAAUAGGCCUCCUCCACCCAGAGCCACUCCCAGCCCCAGGCACUCCUCAGGGAACAUACCCUCCAGCCCUCUAGCCUCUGAGCAGGGUUCACCUACCAGUCCCAGGGCCUCCUUAGAGGUUUCUCCUGACCCACAGCCACCAGAGAAGCCAGUAAGAACUUCUGAGGCCAGAGAAAAGGAAAACAUCAACAAUCUGAACCCAGAAGAACUUUGUACUUCCCCUACCUUGAUGAUGUCUGAGGUCUUUUCAGAGUCUGACCCGGCAAAGAAGAUCGAGGACAAGGAAGAGAAUAGUAAGCUCACCUCUGCUGACUCCCCUGAGAGCCAAGAUCUUCAGCUUCACGUCUCUGCAGUUCCAGAAGAGAGCAAUGUCAUGGCAACCGUGCCUCAAGAAGAGGUAUCUACAGUUCAAACUGACUACCUAUGAAGGGAAACUGUCAAGACCUCCACACACACCUCCCCAGACAAGGUCCUCAGCUAGAGGGUAUAUAGGUCAGAGGGACUUAAGAUCUAGCAUUCAUUUUUAGGUUCUCCAACCACAUGAACGCUGGUGGUCUCUAAAGAUCUAGCAUUAAUGGAGGCUGAGGAGCAGACUUAGGGGAGGGAGGGCAGCAGGCUUAGGAGAAGAAACUAUUAGAUCCCGGGAAUAUUUAAUUCAGGCUUUAGCAUUGUUAGAAUAAAAAGACUUUAUAUAUUAAGUAAAGUGGGCCAAAAAUGACUAUAAAAAGCAUAAGCAUCUGUAGACAGAGACACGUCCACAUAGAGACUCAUUACCACACAUAUUCAGAGAACAGUGAACCGCUCAUUUUGCAAGACUUAGAGGCAAAAGAACAGGUUUUCAGGUUGUUAAAUAAAGUAUUACUCUGAC